UUGAGAAAGAAUAUAUGAGAUAGUAGUUUGUGUAGUUAAUUCUCUUGUCUGUUUGAGCAAGAGAAAUCAGAGUGAGUGAAAUUAAGAGAGCUUGAGAGAGAGAGAGAGAGCGCCUUCAAUCUCUUGAAAGAAUGGCCAUUCAACAUCCUUUGACUUUGUCCUUUGGCCUCUUAGGCAACAUCAUCUCCUUCUUGGUCUUCCUUGCUCCAGUGCCAACAUUUUAUACAAUAUACAAGAGAAAAACUGCUGAAGGGUUUCAAGCACUUCCAUAUGUAAUAGCCCUCUUGAGUUCAAUGCUGUACAUAUACUAUGCUCUCCUCAAAGAAGAGUUCAAAGAAGAUGCCACUUUUCUCAUCACAAUCAACUCAUUUGGCUGCGUCGUAGAGACUCUUUACAUUUCCCUAUUUCUUUUCUAUGCCCCUAAGAAAGCCAGGAUCUCAACCCUGACGCUUGUGUUCUUGCUGAACCUUUUCGGUUUCGGCUUGAUGAUGCUAUUGACUCACUUUCUAGCCACAGGUGAAAUGCGGCUUAAGAUUGUGGGAUGGAUUUGUCUUGUCUUCAGUCUAAGCGUAUUCGUUGCACCUCUUGGCGUCCUGAGACGAGUAAUACGGACCAAGAGUGUUGAGUUCAUGCCAUUUCCAUUAUCAUUUUUCCUAACAUUAGGUGCUGUCACGUGGUUCUUCUAUGGUCUUCUGAUCAAGGACUACAACAUAGCUUUUCCAAACAUACUGGGCUUCCUCUUUGGGAUUGCUCAAAUGGUGCUUUACAUAGUCUACAAGAACACCAAGAAAGUUCUGGAGGAGCAGCCGAAAGUGCAAGAAUUAUCGGAACAUAUUAUUGAUGUGGUGAAGAUCAGUUCCCUGGUGUGCCCAGAACUAAACCCAGUGGUUCUGCAGCCAACUCUGGAUAUUACAAAUGACAUGAUCGAAGCGGUUCAGAAUAUAAUCGUGAUGGCUGAAAAGACUGAAGAAGCCAAGGAAGCCAUGGAUAUUGAUGCCUCCACCAAAGUUUAACUCAAAUUGAAGGAAAGGAACUUUGCAUGCUUUCAAGUCUUCAAACAAAAUGCAGAGUUCCUCUAUCUGUAUUAUGUCUGCCUAAUUAAAGUUUAAUUUGUGUGUUGAAUUAAUUAAUAUCUACUUAAUUAAUUAGGGGUUGUGCCGAGGGUGUGUCUCUGUAUUAUAUAUAUGUGCCCCUUCAAAUUAAGGGUAUCUGUCUUACUAUCUCUCUCUAGCUAUCUGAUCUAGUUAGCUCUUGUGAGCUUUAAAUUAAUUUAUCUGAGGGUACCCAAAAAUUGUUAUUAGUAGUUAA